AUGUUUCGUGACGACUCCUUCCAUCCCUCCUAUUCUCGCCCCCGCCAUUCCCCGCCACCAUCUCCAACAACUCGCCAGGAUGAGGCAAACAACCUCGACGACGUCUUCGGGUCCGCCCCGUCGUCUCCCACUCUGUCCUAUGCCAUGCGAUCUACCCGCAAUGAUGAGCCCUCUGAGGUUCCCCGACUGCGGUCUGCGCAUAGUACUGCUGGAUACCGAGACGGCAUGACGACUGCGAAAGGCACGACAAUUCAAGAAGGGUUUGACGAGGGAUAUGGACUGGGCGCAACUAUGGGCUUGCGGAUAGGUUCAAUUUUAGGGACAUUGGAGGGGAUCUGGGCUGCAGUUGCGAAACCAGACACCAAGCGUGGCCCAGCUCUGGACGAUGGUGGAGUCCGAAUGGGCACUGGAGCUCAACCAGAGACUGAGAGGCUGAAGGCUUUGGUCGUGAAGGCACGCAGUGAUCUACGUACUGAAGGUGUCUUUGGCAGGCAGUACUGGGGUGAGGACGGCAUUUGGGUAUACGACGUACAAGAAAGUGGUGGUGGAUGGAAGGAUGUCGUAGAUUCACACCCCAUGAUUCAGUCCUGGGAGGCUGUGGUCGCAGAAGAGGUGGCCAAGGUCCGCUUAGACACGGGUGUCAUGGACAGAACGGAAGUGAAGAGGUUGGGCGAAGACGGGUUUCAGUCCCCUGAGCUGACAGGCAAUACCGACUUGCCAGGCCGACGCCUCAAUACAACACUCACCCUCUCCAACCUCUCGCUCCUCAACGCCCUCGGCGAUGAAGGGCUCAACAUCUACCUCACCUCCAACCUCGACGUCACCACCCUCCUCCCCUGGCUAACCGGCACAAAACCCUUCCACACGGGCCUCACCUCCUCCACCUCCGCAGCCAUAAUCGCUGUCCCCCGCUCCCCCACCGUCGUCGACGUCUUCUACACUUACUUCUACUCCUUCAACCUCGGUCCCACGGUCCUCGGCCAGCGCCUCGGCAACCACGUCGGCGACUGGGAACACAACAUGAUCCGCUUCCACUCCGGUGUGCCUGAGGCAAUCUGGUUCUCCCAGCACGGCGGCGGGCAGGCAUUCGCUUAUGAUGCUGUUGAGAAGAUCGGGAAAAGGCCGGUGGGGUACGCGGCGAGGGAGACGCAUGCGAAUUAUGCGAGAGGAGGGAGACAUGAUAUGUUACUCCCCCGGACGCAUUUACCGUUUGACCUUUUGCUGACGGAUUAUUCGUGCAACGGGACGUUGUGGGAUCCCAGCCUAAACGCGUUCUGGUAUACGUACGACGCCGUCACCGCGGAGUUCACGGGUGCCGGGGAUAUAGGCGGGGAAGAGGGCAAUCCAGUGGGCGCGAUGGAGUUCAGAGGGCGCUGGGGCGAUAAACAGUAUAAAGACGGGGAUGAGCGGCAGAGCCGGUGGUGGUGGUGGAGGAGGUGGGUGGAUGGGCCGAGGGGGCCGUGGGAUAAGGAGCUUGUGAGGGAGAGGGUGUGUCCGCAUGGCGGGUUUGGGGGGUGUGUGGUGAAGCAGGAUUUGAGGGAGGAGGAGGGUAGGGGGGUGAGGGUUGGGAGUCAGGCUUGGGUGGGGAGGGAUUGA